AUGGCUCCAGGAAAUGGCUCUUCCAUGACUCAGUUCAUUUUGUUGGGAUUAACAGACCAACCAGAUCUCCAGCUCCCACUCUUCUUCCUCUUUCUAGUAAUGUAUAUGGUCACUGUUAUGGGAAAUUUGGGUUUAUUAUUCCUUAUUGGGCUAAGUUCACACCUAUAUACACCCAUGUACUUUUUCCUCUUUAACUUGUCCUUCGUAGAUCUGUGUUACUCUUCUGUGUUUACACCCAAAAUGCUGAUUAACUUCAUAUCAAAGAAGAAUAUAAUUUCUUACAUGGGGUGCAUGACCCAGCUCUAUUUUCUCAGUUUUUUUGUCAUUUCUGAAUGCUAUGUGCUGACCUCAAUGGCCUAUGAUCGCUAUGUGGCCAUCUGUAACCCACUUUUGUAUAAUGUUGCCAUGACCCCCAAAGUGUGUUCCAGCCUUAUGCUUGGUUCAUACUUCAUGGCAUUUGCUGGUGCCAUGGGUCUCACUGAAUGCAUGCUGAGACUGACCUUCUGUGAGGCAAACACCAUCAACCAUUAUAUGUGUGAUAUCAUGCCUCUACUCAAGCUCUCCUGCACAAGCACCUAUGUCAAUGAGCUGGUAGAUUCCAUUAUAGCAGGAUUCAAUGUCAUUGUGCCCAGUAUCACCAUCUUUGUCUCUUAUGUUUUCAUCCUCUCCAACAUCCUUCAAAUCAGCUCCAAAGAGGGCAGAUCCAAAGCCUUUGGCACCUGCAGUUCCCAUGUCAUUGCUGUUUCUCUCUUCUUUGGAUCAAUUUCAUUUGUGUAUCUCAAACCAUCUUCUGCUGUGUCUAUGGAUGAAGGAAAAAUCUCUUCUGUUUUUUACACCAAUACGGUUCCUUUGCUGAACCCCUUAAUCUACAGUUUGAGGAACAAAGAUGUUAAACUUGCUCUGAGAAAAACCCUGCCUAGAUGGUUUUGA